UGCACGUUGCAUACCAAGUGAGAAAGUCUUUGACAAAAGGCCGCAUUGAGACACCGGCUGCAUGCGGUCGGUCACCUCCAUGUUUUUCCUCCAUGGCUCCGCAGAUUGAUCUUUGAACCCGACGUGUUUCCGAUAGCGCGGAUCGAUCCGCCUUUAAAAAGAACUCCCAAAGAGAGAGAGAGAGAGAGAGAGAGAGAGAGGACCGCGACGAGCACCAAGUGCGCUGCGACCGGAGCGAGAAGCCGCACAGAUUUAUUGAUUGGUUUAGUUUUUCAGUGAAAUGCGUUCCACAGGCAGCGCGUUGAUUUAGUGAAGAAACGCCAGCUGUUAUGUCUCCGUUAACGCGUUUACUCACGUGCCUCCUGGUUCUUAUCCCCGAGGCUCAGAGUAGAACCGCGGCCGGUCCGGACGGACACGUUUUUCUAGAGAAUAUUCUGCGCUUCUACGGACAGAAUAAUUCAAUCUCAUUGGAUAAUCUGGAUAAUUUGCUGCUGGUAAUCUCAGACGGAAUAUCUGCAGCAUCCACGCAGGAAAACCCACUGGCAGACUUGGAAUGUCCCUCGGCCCAGCAGAUCUUGUCCCACUUCGGGCUCUGUAAUGUCAGUGAGCUGACUGCGGGACAUCUGGGGACAAUCUGCCCCGCUCUGUUGACCCAGGUGCUGCUGCCCUCCUGCCCCUACACCGAGCCCGACGCCGUGCAGCCCCUCGACUACACGGUUUGGGGCUACGGGUUCCUGGCGGUGACCGUGAUCAACCUGGCGUCCCUCCUCGGCCUCUUCCUCAUCCCUUUCACCAAAAAGCCCUACUUCCCCAAAGUGCUGACCUACUUCAUCGGCCUCGCCAUCGGGACGCUGUUCUCCAACGCCGUGCUGCAGCUCAUUCCAGAGGCUCUGGGGUUCGACCCCAAACACGACAACUACGUGGGGAAUGCCGUUGGGAUAUUUGGAGGCUUUUACUUGUUGUUCUUCAUGGAGAAGGUGCUGAAAAUGGCGCUGCGGGUCGACGUUGAGCACGGCCACAGCCACUUCGCCCCCGCCGAGCCGCCUUCGGAGACCUCCUUCUCCAACGGAGACCUGGUGGAGACCAAGGACUCCAUCGUGUUGACCAACGCCGUCGCCGCGGGGAAGAGCGGCGCCAACCCGGAGCCCCACGCCACGCCCUCUCAGGACGGCUCCGGCGUGAUGUGCCACUGGCUGCGUGGAAAGCAGGUCGCCGACAUCAGGACGGUGGCGUGGAUGAUCACGCUGAGCGACGCGCUGCACAACUUCAUCGACGGGCUCGCCAUCGGCGCCUCGUUCACCGUGUCGGUGCUGACGGGCUUCAGCACGUCCACCGCCAUCGUGUGCGAGGAGUUCCCCCACGAGCUGGGUGACUUUGUAAUCCUGCUGAAUUCCGGGAUGAGCGUCCCUCAGGCCAUUUUCUUCAACCUGCUGUCGGCGGCGUCCUGUUACGUCGGCCUCGUGUUCGGGAUCCUGCUCGGGAGCAACUUUGCGCCCAAUGCCAUCUUUGCCAUCGCGGGAGGAAUGUUCCUGUACAUCGCGCUGGCAGACAUGUUUCCAGAGAUGGAAAACAUAUUACGGGAACAAAAGCGGACCUCCACCAAGAUCAUCUUUUUCCUGAUCCAGAACGCGGGGCUGCUCACCGGGUUCGCCAUCAUACUACUGAUCACCAUGUUUGCUGGGGACAUCAACCUGGGCUAGAAGGGGAGGGGGGACAAGGGGGGGGGCGGACAAGAAAAUGAAAACUGGAAAGAAGAAAUAUAUUUUAAAUGAGCUGCUUUUGUUUUGUUAGCUGGUUGGGAAAGUGAAUGUUUUGUACAAACAAAACCAAAAUAUCUAAAGGAAAAAUAAUGCUUUUAUAUCUUUUGACUAUCAAGUUAGUGGAAAAUUUCCACCAUGAAAAGGGAAAAGCCUUACAAUCGUCUGCUUUAUGAACUCUAAUCAAGUGUUUUUCAGGAGACAAUAAAUUAUUUUUUCAAUCUUU